UUUAGGGUUUUUCGAAAUGGAGUUGAUGAGUGUAGGUGACUUUAUGCCGGUUUUAAGGAAUUACGUUUUGUCAUUAUAGAUACACACAUUUUCACGUUGUAAUUACUGCUGCCGAAAAUGGAUGGAUUUCAGGAACCAAUAUGCGCAGGUUGCGAGUAUUAUGAAGAUAAUUACAAGAAGGCUUUAGACCGGUUCUUGCUGUAUAAAGAAAAAAUAAUGUGUACACAGACUCUGAUCCAGAAAUAUGAAAGGAGGAAGCAGCAGAAUCAACAACUCGUAAGAAAACUGCAGAAGUCACGGCACAGUGCUGCAACUGUAAGAGAGAGAUUCAUGCAUUAUAUGGAGAGAUAUAUGCCACUUGAAAAGUCGUACAAUGACCUUAGAGCUGCGCACAAUGAACUUGAAAGCAAACUGCACACACAGAGUACAGCACUUAUCGCUCUGCAACAACAUAAUAAGCAGCUUACUGCUCUUGUUGAAGUACAGGAAAAAGAUGUGAAUGAGUACAAGGACAAGACUGAAAGAAUAGAAGAAGAGUUGAAAAAGAAGCUAAGGGGUGUCCAUACAGCCAAGGCAAAGGCGGACCAUAAAUAUCAUAAUAUAGCGAAGUCGGCUAUAGAACUGGCAGUUAUAUUACAGGACAAAGGAAUGUUACCAGAUUCCUACAAACUUUGCUUAAAAUCAUGGAAAAAACAGCUUUCACAAGACAUGAAGCAUGAAAACUUUUGUGAUAAUGGAGGAUUUUCUCCUGAUAAGGCAUCAAGUAUCAGCUCACAAGACACUGGCUUUGAUUCUUCAAAAAGUAUGUCUGAUGAUGAAAGUCAGUUUGAUGAAAAAGCGAAUAGAAGAAAAGGUGCAGCUGGUGACAAAAGGUGUGAUAACACUUCAAAAUCUGCUACCCCAUCAAUUCCACUGGAAACUUCUGUUUGUGACAAAUCGGUGAAUACAAGUGACAUUUUAAGAGACUUCCAUACUCCAUGUGCAACAGACAGUUUUCAGAAUCUUAGAGACAUUGGUGUUAAUACUUCUUUAUCAAUGCUUACCUCCGAUUUGAAUAAGUUUUUGGAUGGAGUGGCAAUAAAUGACUCUAAGAAUUUAGAACAGUCACCUCCUGAUCAGGGCAUGGAGAAUCAUGACAUAGAGCCUUUGCCCUUUGGUGCAGACUCGCAAAUGAUCGAGCCUCACUGUAGUCAACGAUGGUCAAUUUUUUCACCAGUUAAAGGUGCAGUCCAUUCAGCAAGUGCUGAAAUGCCUCCUACAAGUGCUGAAAUGCCUCCUUCAAAUUAUUGUGUGGAAGAAGACCAAAGUAAGUUUAUUCAGCCAGAAAAACUUGUUUUUGCUAACACUGAUUCUUCCAAAACCAUUCCACCUCACCUGAAGGAUACUUGCAUUGCAGGAAAAAGUAUGUCAAUUUUGUUAGCAAGUGAAGUGCCAGUUUGUGGAGAAGUUCAAUCAGCUAAUGAGCGAGAUAAAGGAGAAAAAGAAGACAGAGGAAGGGUAAGGGGAGGAAGAGGAGAUGAAGAAGAAUUAGAAGAAGAAGAAGAAGAAUUAGGAUUAGGAGUAAGAGGAAGAGAAGAAGAAGGAGAAGGAGAAGAGAGCUAUGAUGAUAGUUGUAGUGAUGGUGCUCGUAAUAUUUCUAAACCUGAUCAUGAUGAGGGUAGAAAUUUACAUGCGGAGAGGGAAAAUGUUCAUAAUGCUUGGAAUCUUAGAAUGCAAACUACGCUUUGUUUUAAGGUCCCUUCCAGGGGAGCCCGUACUGCUGAAUCGAGGGUUGCAUCUAUGUUGCAAGAAAUGAAAUCAUUUGCGCCAAGAUUAGUUUCUCCUAUGUCACCCUGUGGUAAUGACAUACCAAUCAAAAAUGCAGCUGUUUCAGCUUCUCCACACAUGCAUUUGACAGAUUUGCGUACCAGUGAUUUGUCCUCUGUGAAAUGUGAUAGCUCUCCAGCAGAUUUUGGAAUUUCUCUGACUUGCUCAAAUAAUAAUUCAGUAUUUCAGCAGCAGCAGACAGCCCAGGCAAGUGAUAUGAAGAAGGGGAGUCUUACGUUGCGGGAGAAAAGAAACAGUUUACUGAAGAAAAGCAUCUCAAACAAGUCUUACGGUCAAGAUACGGAAGGAACAAAUCCAAACUGUGAAACAGAAAUUGAACCACUAAAAAGAGUUUGUACAACAGAAACUGAACCAUUAGCAGGAGUUCAUAAAACAGAAAUUGAACCGCUAAGGAGAGUUUCUACAACAGAAACUGAACCAUUAGCAGGAGUUCAUAAAACAGAAAUUGAACCACUAAGUAGAGUUUGUAAAACAGAAAUUGAACCACUAAGUACAGUUUGUGAAAUGGAGAUUGAACCACUAAAAAGAGUUUGUCACGAAGAGUGUUCAUCCAAGUACAGUCAUGUGUUGGCAAGAUUUUCUAUUGGAAAAGAUGUUUCAAGCAAACACCAUAGUGCCAUUGAAGAAAAAAUGAAUAAUUCAAAAAACAUUUUACCUGACCCAAAAUAUAGUGAUGUUUUUACACAUGAUUUUGUGAAGUCUUUGAGUAAUUUAACAUCAAUAAUUGAGAGUAAAAAGUUCUUGAAAUUUGCCAAGAAGAAAAAUUGCCAAAGAAGUCGCAGGUUGAGGAAAAACAUUUUAAAGACAAUUCAUUCACACAGGAAGCAUUUUUCAGCAAGUAACCCAUCUUCUUCUAACAGCAACAUUGUUGAAACAGCAUCAGGCUGUUUUCUUGAAACUGUGAACACUGUUCCAAUCUCUGCUUGCAGUGUAGAGAGCACACCAGAAUCUGGUAAAGUCGAAGAAAGAUUAACAAUGACUGAAACAGUGAACUAUCACUACAAGGAACCUAGUGGUGCCACAGAGGUUUCUGACAGUAAAAAUAAAAUUUCACAAUUACAAUGUAACCCUGACAUGUUGGCUUGUAAAAAUCAACAGAUUGUCCCCCAGGAAGAUGAGAAAGCGAAGAUACACGCAGAGGAGAAUAUUUUACGAUGUGAAACACGUGCUUUAACUUGUGUGACACAAAACCAAGUGGAACUUAAAGAAUCUCAUGUGAUUGAUACUCUGGCACACAGUUUUCAGCCAGAAGUGGAUAAUCAGAUUAGAAACUCACUAGAGGAGGAUGAGAAGGAUGGUGAAAAUGACACUCUAGUACACAGUUUUCAGCCAGAAGUGGACAAUCAAACUAAAAAAUCAUUAGAAGAGGAUGGAAAUGAUGCUGGAAAUGAACUGAUGACAGUAGAUUCAACAUGUCAUUGGGAAGACACUGUCAACAAUUCAGAAUGUUCUUUAGCCACACCAGAUGUAUUUCAUUUGUCAACAAGUAACAAUGCAGCUGACUUUGAGAGGAAAGAUACUGAGACUGAAUCACGCUUGGCUUACACAGAAUUACUGGGCGAUUUAAGUGUUUCAGAUGAUGAUUCUAGCCCAGAAUCCAUAAAUGCCCGUAGUGAAUCAUCACAAUGUUUUGAGGCUGAAGGGUCAAAUUAUGAAUGUCGUAAUGAGCCAACAUGUGGGUCUAAUAACUGUUCUAAGAUAGAUGUACCUCAAAACAGUGUCAACAGUGGAACCAUAUGCGAAUUACCGAAAGUGAAUCAUGACGUUGUUGAUGGAGAGAAAAGUUGUAACAAGCAAUACAAUAAUGGGAACAUCAAGAAAGUGUCUGAGCACAGUGAUGCUAGGUAUUUUAUUCCUCAAAUAGCAACCAGUAAUAAAUUGGUGGUUAAUUAUGAAGAAGUAGAAAUAAAUAUACCUGUUGAGUGUAGGCAAGAAAUUUGCAUUUCUGAGCAAAGUGUUGAUUUAUUGGAUCAGAAACAUGAAGCUGAAUAUGUAGAUAAAAAGAGAAAUUUAAUUUGUGAAGCUGGUGAGGCCAUUUCAGAUAUAUCUACCUGUUUGUCUGCUUCAUGUAAUUCAGAUGGCAAAACAACAAAUCGUGCUACAUUUUCUGGUAGUCGCUUAAGCUUUCGUUCAUGUGGCAGCAUUUCAGAGGUCAUAACAAUGAAUGAAAUGGAAAUAGAGAGAAAUUCAGUUCCUUCUUCUAAAGACUCUACAGAUUCUCUUGCUCAUCCAAAGAUUACUACUGCUAGCACAAAAGAUUGCACAGUGGACAGUUGUGAUGUACUUCAUGAUUGCAAUGCAAAGUUAUUCAUCCAAGGUUCAGAUGUAAAGAUUGAUGAUGAUGUGGCCAAAAAGGAUAGUUUAGCUCUGAAUGAGAGUGGUGUAAGAAAAAUGGGUUCUACCGAUAUGCCAGACAUGUCAAAUGUUAACAGUGAAUUGUCCAAAGACUGUACUGGAACAGAGAAUGGUGCCAACAAUCUGAUUAAUCAGUCUGAAAGUUAUCGAACUAUGAACGGACAUAAACAUAUUGAAGAAAAACAUUGUUCAAAUAAUACCACAGAAAUCUGUAAAGAUAUAAAGGGUACAGAAUUGUUGACUUUGGGGUCUGGUUUACAAAAAGGCACAAUGGAACAUGAAAUAAGUGAUCACCAUAAAAAUAGUGACAUAAGUGUAAAUGAAAAAUCUGAAAGAGAACUUGAAGAAGAAAGUCCACAUCCAAAAACUAUGGGAGAGGAAAAUCUGUCCACACAAAAGUGUGGAAGAAUUUCUGUUGUUGGUACCUGUAACAUACAGAAGUCAUUAAUCAAUUGUUCUGUAUCAGAAGAACCAGUCAUUAAAGAACAACAGGAAUCACGCAAAGACGACAUCCCUGUAGAAGAAAUACCUCAAUCAGAAUUGGGUAUUUCAAAACGAGAUGUGGAGGAAGAAGUGAAAGAUACUGCAGAAACUAUUUGUGAAGAAUAUUACAUACCACAGAGGACAAAAAAGAGAAUUGCCCACAAACCAAAACCUCAAGCUUCAGGCUCAGGUAUUUCAAGUGAACAUAAGAAUUUUCAGAGCCCCACAAAAGCAACAGUGGUUACUACCAUGAAACAAACACGUAAAAAAACAAAACGAACAACUGAAGAUGAACAGAACAACACAAAAACUAUAAACACGGGUCUUACAGUAAAUGAAGUAGCUGGGAGUUUGCCCUCUUUGCCUCUAAAUGUUGGAACUGUCAGUAUGAAAGAGAAACAUACUUUGAAAACAAAAUGUUCCAGUUCAGAAGCAACUGAAAGUGUAAACUGUGUAAGUGGAGCAAGAAAGAAAUUAAAAACCGAGGUUGAAUCAUAUGCAAAUACAGUAGUGAAUUCUACUAGCAAAAGGCAGUUAAAAAUGACCAAGCUUGAUGAUAAGCAGUUAGAAGAACCUUCGACCCAUUUACAAGCAGCUAGACGGUCUGCCAGGUUAAAAAAGUCUGAAACCUUCAAAUUAUUACAAAAGGGAUUGGAUGUUCAUGCUACUAAGAGAAGGAAGAAAUUGAAGGAUGAAAAGUGUUUAGCUGCUGACUCCUUUCAAGACGUAAUAAAAAUAGAUACUGUUAAAACUGAAAAAUGUGAUGAUGGCAGAUCAACAUCAGAUGUGAACCAUGUUGAAGGAGAGAAAUGUGACAUUAAUGAAGCCUUAUUAGCAGGAGGAUCAGUUGCAACUGUCCAACAUUCAAAGGUGAAAAAGUUGGACAGUGAGGAAGAUGAUAUUGAUUAUGGAGCUGCAGGCCCUUCAGCAGGGAGAAAUAAGAGAAAAAUAAAGAAUGAAGCUGGAGAUGAAAGUAACAGCAAGAAAUUGGCACCAUGUUUGUUCGAGAAACAGUUGUGUUACCAAACUCAGUUUGAGAAUGAAGCCAAAUUUCCUGUUCAGUCAUCUACUUCGGAAGAUGCAUCUAACGCCAGCUUUAAAUCAGACUUUAAGUCUUUGUGUUUGGUGCCAUUGCUUCCAGAUAAAAAUAAAUGUAAAGAGGAGUGUGUAGAUGAUCAGAUGUCUACUUCACCUUCUCAGCAACAUGAUAAAGAUGGUUCUGUGACUAGUAGCAAAUCCAAAACGUCGUUAGGACAAUCUAGAAGUAGUAAUAUCCCAGGAGACACUAAUGAUGAAUACAUUAAUAUACAUAAUAAAAGUGCAGCUGAUAUAAACACAGAUUGCACCAAUGUAAAUUAUGCAAAAGGUGAUGUUAUAAGGAAGUGUCUAGCAAUUCAGCAGAGGAAUAAACUAGCUGUACGGAGACCUACACGAAUAAUGCUCAAUCAACAGCAAGUGUUUAUUAGUAGACAAUUAUCUCAGCUGCUGGAGGGUGACUUCACAAACGAGGUUCUGAAUACAGCUGUAGAAAAGUUUGAACAAGAUGACAACCCAAUAGAUGCUGUUGCACUUGUUAGGUGUAUUUUGAAAGUGUUGCUGGAAGAGGAUUGUAAUGAGAUUGACCGGAGUCAUGAUGUAAGGGCACCACCUCUAAGUGUGGUUGAGGAGAAGUUAAUAACAUUGAUUGUAACACUGAGGAACAGAUGCUCGAGAUUUUCAUCUUUAAUCAAUGAUUUUCUAACAGCUGUUGAGUAUUACAUACUCAAUUUGAGGACCACACCUGAGUACGAUCUUCUGCACAUUUUGACAAGAUUUCAUGCCUCUCUGUGUAAAGCAGAAGGUCUACGUGAACGGGCACAGGCUUUUUGCUAUGAUGCUCUGUAUUCUCUGAAAAGGAAGUGUUUCCCAGUUAUCUAUACUAUUCUGAUACAUUACCCAGAGGUUUUCCCAAGAGCAUCGUUUGGAAUGAAUUCACCUGUGUGUAUUUCUAUAGUUUAUAGCAUUUUUACCUCCAUGAAUCAGGCUAUCAAUACUAACCUCAGAAUCAAACCACUGAUCACAUUACUGUGUAGAAUUUAUGAUUAUAAACUGCAGGAAGUUCUGUCAUUUGAUUUGGUGGAUUGCUUCCUCAAUCAUUUGAAAUGUCAAAAUUCGAAAUCAGGAGAAGUCUGUGCUGCUGUUGUAUUACUUGCUAAGAGAAAUGAUAGAGCAUGGACAUUGACACAGCUAAUUCCAAAAUACCUUGCGCCAAUAAUACAGGAGUGGAGAUGUGGAAAAAUAAAUGAGGCUGUUAUCAGCGAUGUUAUUGAUCUAAUUGGAUGUGUCGUGAAACCGUUUUCUGAAGAAUGUGAUAUGGGAGCAGUUCUGAAGAUAUUUAAAGGAAUUUUACAUGCUGAUCAAGUCACAAAGACACUGAAGAUGAAAGCUGCUUUAAAUCUAGCCCGACAAGCAGCUCACCAUUUUCCAGAAGUAGCUCCUGCACUUUUUGAUUGGGUUCCAGAAGGAGAACUGCCAGAUGAAUUCUGGAAACAAAUGAGCGACAUUCUUUCAGUGAAACCACACAGUUGUUGGACAACAUUCUUAUCAACAUGUGAAGAAAAUAGCGAUGAAAUGUGUGUUGGUGCUCUAAACAAUUGAACACUGUUCUUUUUAUUGUGUGCGGGAUUAAUGUAUAAGGAUUGCAUUAUACUGUUGUUUGCAGUUUUUAUGAUGACAUUUGUCCGGCGACACUGAUUAAAUGGUACAAAACUUGAAUAAUUUCUUAUAUGUAAAAAAAGAAAGAAAUAGAUGUUGUAUUUUGUUGUGUACAAAUGAAAUUUUUAAAGCAGUUCUGCUGCAGGAUAUUAAUAUAUGUGCACUGUCUGUGUUAAAACAACAAAUAUAUUAUGUAUUGUCAUGUAUUGUGUAUG